AUGAGUGAAAAUGAAAAUGAGCCUGUUGAGUAUCUGAUAACUACAAGAAAACGUCGUACUAAUGCAGGUAAUAGAUUACAAAAAUUAUUGGAACAAGAAAUUAAAGAUGCUCAACUUCAAAUAGGAAAUUUUAAGAAUAGUAAAAAUUUUGUAAAUGAGGACGAUGAUGAUAUCAAUUUACUGUUUCAAGAAGAUGAGGAUGAUCAAGAAUUUCAAGUAGAAUCAGAUAGCAUUAGUGAUAAUGGUUCUAAUGUAUCAUCAAAAAAGAGAAACAGCGGUAUUGUUUUUCAAGAUCUAAUAUCUGAUGCAGAUGAUAAUACUAUGACUUUUCAGAGUAAUAACGAAAGCUUUCUAAAUGAAAAUAAUGUAGAUAUGAUGUUGAGCAGCGAUUCUGAUGUUGAAUCAAGUAAUGAGAGUGAUGCAGAAGCAGGUGAGAAGGAACUACAAAAAGAGGAAAAGCUUAAAAAGAGAAAGAAACGAAAAGUUUUGCCUACUAUAAUUAAGAAAACAGCAAAAGCAGAUAAGUCAAUAAGUUUGAGUGCACAGAAAGAAGAGCAUACAAGAACUUCUAAAUUAGGAUCUUUGGAAACAAUUAAAGUAGAAAGUCUACUGGCCACAGCAAGAAGAACUUCAAAUAGAUCAUCAACAAUUGCAAAUAAGAUCAAAGUUUAUGAAAAAUUGGUCAAAGCUGAAGAGAAACGUAAAAAAAUUCAAUUAAAAUUAAAAAAGAGAAGGGAUGAGAAUACUUUAAAAUUGCAUAAGUUGACUCAGGACGAUAGAUUAAGGAUUGCUGAGGAGACAGAGCGGUUAAAUUUACAAAGUCUCAACAGAUUUAAAGAGCAAGAAAUUUUUAAAAAACAAACAAGAUUAGCUUUGCAACAGAGAAAAAAACUAAAGUUUAAUAACGACGAAACAGUUAUACAAUAUCUUUCCACUACAUGGCAGGUGAAACCGAUAUCCGAACUAGAAGACUAUAAGUACUGGAAUGAACAAUUACAAAAGAGGGAAAAGAAGAAGAAGAAAAGAUAUGGAAGAAAACCAAAGAAACAACUAGAAGAUGAAAAUAAUCAAAAAAAUUUACAAUCUAUACUAUCUAAAGAGAAAGAAGAAGAAAAUAUAAUAGAAACCAACGACCCCUCCGUGGGACAAGAAAAUGAUGCUAUUUCAGGAGACGUAAAAACUAACAUUAAACUUCAAAUAGAACGUUCUACCAUUAUGCAACAGGAAACUAGCAAUUCUAAAGCACUUGAUACUCUGCUACUUGAAAAGGAAUUACAAACUAGUGCUACUGCUCUAAACUCUUCAACAAAUAUGGAAAUUGAAGAUUCGACUUCAACACUUUCUAGUAAUGUACCAAUAGAAAAGGAUGGCGCUAUUACCGAAUACAAUUCGGCGAGCCAGUUAUUAAGUAAGGAAGGACAAUCCUUUCCUGAGAUAACUCAUGCCAAUAUUAAAGAUGAACCUCUAGUAAUUUCAGAUUCAACUACUAAAACAGCAACAUCUAAUAAAGACUUUUCUGAACAUAUAUCCAUAGACUCUAUAGAGAAAAGGGAUUUGAAAGUUAAAGAGAGAGAAGAAAAGCAAAAUAAAAUAACUAAAAACUAUAAAAACACUCAAGAAGAAAGAGAAAUAACAGAAGAAGUAGAAGAAAAACAGGACGGAACUAAAGAGGAAGAAUUUUUACAAUAUGAAGGUCCAAACCAACAGGUAUCCAAAAAUUUUAUCACUGUGUAUAAAAUUUCAACCCAGGCUUAUAAUCAUAUAUCUGAGGAUAUACCAAAUUAUGAUUUUUUGCCAAAACCAUCAAUUCAAACUGGUAAAAAUAAGAAUCAAACAGAAUUGGGUACAAUGAAAACCAUACUUUUAUCAAGAUUGGAGGUAGAAAACAAUGGACAAGAAAUAGCAACUGAUGUCGCAAAGCUAUCUGUUCCAAGUAUUAAUCAUAAUGUGUUUCCCAGUUUGACUUUUUUGGAUGAGUUUCCACAAUUUGGAGAGUUUGAUAAAAAAAUUAUGAAUCAAACAGAUGUAAUGAAUAUCAAGGUAAAAUCUUUCAAGAUCACUACAGAAGCACCAAUGGGUAUUUAUAUCAAUAAUAUUAAAAAACAUUGUUUUAUUAAUAAUAAUGAUUGUCAAUACUUUGAUCCUAAACUUGGAAUUCCUUACUCUGAUCUUACCAGCUAUAAAGUAAUUCAAGACAUUCAAAAACCUGAUGGUAAUUAUAAAUGGUUUGGUUUCGAAAAUGGAGGAAUCUAUUUAAAUGUUAAUCAAAGACCAGCUAAAGGUGUUCCUGAAGGUUUUUGA